UAGCUUCAUUGGUUGUUGUACUUCAAAACCUUAAAGUUUCUCUGCAUUUAUCACUCUUCCAUCCAUUGCUGCAGUCUAUCCAUCUCAUUGAUUGAGCACCUGUCUUACUUUCCACCACUUGUCAGAGACUUCCAGUUCAGUUAACUGCAUUGUUCCAUCAGAGAAUUGAACAACAUACCCAUGCAAGGUUGACCUAUAGGGGUGCCUUUGGGUUUGAAGAUUAGCUCUUGUGUUUCUCUUGGUAACUCUUCAUUAUGCCAUCCAGGACUUUCACUGGACCUGAAACAGUCCCUCCUUCAUCUACCUCAUUCAUUUCUAAUGUGGCAGCCAUGAAAAGUCUCUCAUUCUCCUCAGAAGUUUAUGUUGAGAUACUUGUUGGAUGUGUUGUCUUCAUACUGGCAAGUUCUUGGAGAAAAAUCCGCAACAUGGUUCACUGGUCACCCUUUGUCCAAUCCUUCAAGAAGAAAUAUCCCUGGGUUCAAUUAGCGGGUCAUCAAGGUAACUUUAAAGCUGGUGAAUAUGGUACAAUCCUCAAGAAAUACUGCCCUAAGGAACAGACUGCGUUGAGUUCAUUAAUGUCAGACGUUCUAAGACCGUAUAUACCAGAAUACAAAGGAAUUGUAGAGAGGAAUUCAGAAAAAUAUGUUCAAAUGCAAGAUCUUCUAGGAGAAUUUGACAACCCCUCUGUCAUGGACUGCAAGAUGGGAACGAGAACAUAUCUGGAAGAAGAACUCAUGAAAGCAAGGGAAAAGCCAAAACUCAGAAAGGACAUGUACCAGAAGAUGAUUGAGAUUGAUCCUAAUGAGCCAACAGAAGAAGAGAACAAUAGACAAGCCGUCAUCAAACCCCGUUACAUGCAAUGGAGGGAGUAUGUCAGCUCUUCAGCAACUCUAGGCUUUAGGAUAGAAGGCAUAAAGAAAGGCGAUGGUCACUCCAGUCGAGACUUCAAGACAACAAAGACGAGAGAUCAGAUUAGUGAGAGCUUCAACUUCUUCUUAGACGGUGAUUCAGAAGUCCAAGCUAGAUAUAUCAGAAGACUCAAGGCAAUCCGAGCAACGUUAGAAGCAUCACCAUUCUUUAGCAAUCAUGAGGUCAUAGGCAGUUCCCUCCUGUUUGUUCACGAUAGGACGGGCAAAGCGUGCGUUUGGAUGAUCGACUUCGGAAAGACCACACCCCUCCCUGACAACUGCACGAACGACCACCGGACGCCAUGGGUGGAGGGCAAUCAUGAGGAUGGUUAUCUCUAUGGUCUUGAUCAGAUGAUCCAAGUCUGGACUGAUUUACAACCCACUAAACCAGCGUCAUAGUCCAUGCUGCCCUCUAUAGUUGUAGUGUGGUGUAAUGUUGAACUGAUUACAGUCAGCUGAAGAAAGAAAGAGAGAAAGAGAGAGAGGAUAGCGAUGGAUGCGAUCCUUGCUCUGCUCAACAUCAUAUAAAUUCAUUCCAUGAGAAGAUGAUAGAGCUGGCAUCGAAGGAGAUUAAAUCAUCCACUUCAUUGCAGACAGCAUUCAGCAUUAUGGGAUGUUGACAAAAAUGUGAACGACAUGGAAUUUGAGUUUCUUCUUCAUCAUUAGUUAAGUGUCAAACUGAAUCUCAGGAUUAGAGAUGGCGAAGAGGAAUUAAGUUUCUCCUUUUUUUUAUUUGCCAAGAGUCAUAUGCAGGAAUAUAUAUCUAACCAUUUCCCAAAGGCUUUGUACAGAGAUUGCCCCAAAAAAAUCAUAUGCAUAUCCUGCAACUUAAUCUCACCUGUAUUACUUUUCUUACGAGUGUUCGCAAUUAUAUCACAAGUCCUGCUUCGGUAACUUCAAAGGGUUUCUUGAUCAAAUCUUUUUAAUUAACAGUUAAAGAUGACCUCCUAUUUAAUGAAAUAAAUUCAACCACAGGGCUGUUCAACACUAACAUAUUAAACCAAUAUUUGUAAUCAAAUGUAAUUUAUGGUACAUGGUUUUCCAAAGACUUAUAAAUUACAUGUUAUAAAGCCAAGAAGUGAUUAAUCAAAGUUUGAAUGCAGAUAGUUUCAGUAACUUUAUAGUAACAUUUAUUUUAUUUAUUUGACUGAUGCCAUUUGUAUUACACGAGAUCACAUUCAUUUUGUUUAGAUGGAAUUUUUUAUUGAGCCCUUUGAUAUGCCUAUAAUGGGAUUCAUUUGCCAAAAAUACUUCAGUGGCCUUUGAAUGUAAAGUGGCCUUUCCAAUUCAGAAUAAAACAUGAGCUCAUUUUUUUUUGUUGGGGGCCUGUGUUUCACAAAGAUAAAAUCUUUACUAAAAUCAUACUUACAUUCCCAUUCGCAUUGGCCAGAUCACUUUAUGGAAUGUGCUCUACUGUGUAAUAAUCAAUGGAAUUAUACUCAAUGGACUUUUAGACAAACUUUACCUUUUGUGAAACGUGGCUAAGUCAUUCUGAUUCAAUUGCAGUCCUUCAUACUACAUGUGGUGUAUUCCCUCUUUCAAAUCUUGUUGUCUUUACUGUUUUGCAACUAUGCAAGAACCAAGUUCAGGAUUAAUGAUUUUUUCCUUCUAAAUUUGGAAGUCUUUAUACAUGGAUGCUAAAGAGGGAGAGAUUGACGUCAUCACUCCUUUGAUAAGUCAACUUGAUUGAUUUGAAUAUUGU